AUGCAACCAAACAUUACAAGAGAGGAAAGGCCAGGGGAACAUUUGCAGGAUCCUAUUCUUAUUCCUGUGCAAAAUCCCAUUGAUGUCCCUGAUCAUCAACAGUUUCGUUUGGGUGAUGAAAUUGCUCACGUAUUGAGGGUUCAGUUUGAUUUAAAUCCUCAGAUAGCCAACCGACCUGCUUAUCAGAGACCGUUCCCAGAAAGGAUUAUUAAUGAAUAUCCUCUUCCAAGGAAUUAUAGGCCACCAGAUUUUCAUGCUUUUUCUGGAGAGGAUGGGUCCUGCACUAUAGAGCAUAUGGGGCGUUUUACAGCACAGUUAGGGGAAAUUGGUUUAGAAAUGGCGUUUCAUGCCAGAUUUUUCAAUCCCCUGCCAACGGUUUCUCUGACUGAUUUUUUGGAAAUGAAACAAUAUCCGGAGGAAUCAGCGUCACAAUUUAUUGAGAGGGUGAGAUUAAUGAAGGGACGAUGUCCUACUAUAAUCAACGAGAAAGAUAUGACCAACUUAGUGGUCCAAAACAUGCAUGGUCGUUUAAGAGAUGCACUCACUGCACAUGAUGUCGAGGAUUUGGCAAGCCUCGCUUCCAAGGCUGGACGUUUAGAAUCUCUGUUCAGAGAAAGGGAUCAGAAUUUCAGGCGUAAUAAAGGUCAACAUAUGGCUAGUAUGGAAACAGAGGCAUACGACUUUUAUUAUGAUCAAACAGAAGAGAUGGCGGCCGAAAUAAUUUUAAGGAAACCUUAUGUAUGCUCUAAGUUAAAGCCUGCACCAGGAACGGAAGCUAAAGGGCAACCGACCUUUGACAGUUCAAAGGCCGAUGAGAUAUUUGAUAUCCUGUUGACUGAUGGUCAAAUCCGAAUUCCAAAGGGAUAG